ACCAUGAAAGCUGUGGUUCUAAUUCUACCAACCGUAGUACUACUGAGAACCCAAAAUCAUCGAUGAAACCCCGGAGAAUUCAGCAGACUGCUCCUACAGAUCCUGAUUUACCACCAGGUUAUGUGCAGAGUCUGAUUAGAAGAGUUGUAAAUAAUGUAAACAUUGUUAUAAAUAAUCUUAUACUAAAAUAUGUUGAAGAUGAUAUUGUUCUUUCAGUCAAUAUUACUUCUGCAGAGUGCUAUACAGUAGGUGAAUUAUGGGAUCGUGCAUUCAUGGAUAUUUCUGCAAAUGAUCUGGUGCUGAGAAAGGUUAUCAAUUUUUCAGACUGUACUGUUUGUCUUGAUAAACGGAAUGCCAGUGGUAAAAUAGAAUUUUACCAGGAUCCUUUAUUAUACAAAUGUUCCUUCAGAACUCGUCUUCAUUUUACAUAUGAUAACCUUAAUUCCAAGAUGCCAUCUGUUAUUAAAAUUCAUACUUUAGUGGAGAGUUUGAAACUUUCUAUCACAGAUCAACAGUUGCCCAUGUUUAUUCGUAUAAUGCAACUUGGGAUUGCUCUUUAUUAUGGAGAAAUAGGCAGUUUUAAAGAUGGAGAAAUAGAGGACCCUACCUGUCACAAUAACGAUGUGUUAGGAAAUAUUACAGGUGCCGAAGAUGAAACAAGAGUAGAUAUGCAGUACCCUGCUCAGUAUAAAGGCCAAGAGUUGUAUUCACAGCAAGAUGAUGAGCAGUCACAGGGAUGGGUUUCUUGGGCCUGGUCAUUUGUGCCUGCAAUUGUGAAUUAUGAUGAUGGUGAGGAAGACUACCUUGGGAAUGAUUCUACAUCAAUCACGCAUCAGCAAAAAGCCCAGACUUUGAAGGAUCCUACUAUUUCUAUAGGAUUUUACUGCACAAAGGCUACUGUGACUUUCAAACUCACAGAAAUGCAAGCUGAGAGUAGUUAUUACAGCCCACAGAAAGUAAAAUCUAAAGAAGUAUUGUGUUGGGAACAAGAAGGUACUACGGUUGAGGCUCUUAUGAUGGGAGAGCCUUUCUUUGAUUGCCAGAUCGGGUUUGUAGGUUGCAGAGCCAUGUGCCUUAAAGGAAUUAUGGGUGUUAAAGAUUUUGAAGAGAAUAUGAAUAGAAGUGAACCGGAAGCUUGUUUCUUCAUUUGUGGUGAAAAUUUGAGUACAAAAGGGUUGACAUACCUUACAAAUUCAUUGUUUGAUUACCGAAGCCCAGAAAAUAAUGGUAUUCGUGCAGAGUUUAUCUUGGAUGCAGCUCAUCAUAAGGAGACCUACACUGAGAUAGCUGGAAUGCAGAGGUUCGGGGCUUUUUACAUGGAUUACCUGUAUACAAUGGAGAACACUAGUGGCAAAGGUUCUACAAAUCAACAAGACUUUUCUUCAGGGAAAAGUGAAGAUUUGGGAGCAGUCCAGGAGAAGUCUACCAAAAGCCUUGUUAUAGGUCCUCUUGAUUUCCACUUGGAUAGCAGUGCAGUACACAGGAUUUUGAAAAUGAUUGUGUGUGCCUUGGAACAUGAAUAUGAGCCUUAUAGCAGGCUAAAACCAGAUAUUAAGAAUGAAAAUGAAACAAUACUGAAUUCUGAAGAAGUGGCAUCUUUAGAGGAAUAUAUUCCCACUCGACAGACAAGUGUUACUCUCCUCAAAUGUACUUGCACAAUUUUCAUGGCUGAAUUCAACUUGCUGGACCAUUUGCUACCUGUCAUUAUGGGAGAAAAGAACUCCAGUAACUUCAUGAAUACUGCAAACUUUCAGUCUCUUCGGCCUUUGCCCUCCAUUCAGAUAUUGGUGGAUAAAAUUAAUCUGGAACAUUCCGUGCCAAUGUAUGCUGAACAGUUGGUGCAUGUGGUCAGCAGCCUUACUCAGCCUUCUGAUAAUCUGCUACAUUAUUGCUAUGUACACUGCUACCUUAAGAUAUUUGGUUUCCAGGCAGGACUGACAUCGUUGGAUUGUAGUGGAUCUUACUGCUUACCUGUACCGAUUAUUCCCUCUUUUAGCACUGCUCUUUAUGGUAAACUUUUGAAACUUCCUACAUGCUGGACCAAAAGAUCUCAGAUUGCUGUAACUGAAGGUAUGUUUGAGCUUCCAAAUCUCACAAUUCAAGCUACAAGAGCACAGACACUUCUGCUACAAGCAAUAUAUCAAAGUUGGUCUCAUAUUGGAAAUGUUAGCUCUUCAGCAGUGAAUGAAGCUCUGAUGAACGAAGUCUUCCAAACUAGAGGUGUGAAAUCUAAGAAUCCCCUGCCAACUCUUGAGGGCUCAAUCCAGAAUGUUGAAUUGAAGUACUGCAGCACAUCAUUGGUCAAAUGUGCCUCUGGGACCGUGGGAUCAAUAAAAAUUUGUGCCAAAGCCCCAGUUGACAGCGGAAAAGAGAAAUUGAUUCCCUUGCUUCAGGGUCCUUCUGACACUAAAGACCUUCAUAGCACCAAGUGGCUCAAUGAGAGUAGAAAGCCAGAAUCUCUCUUAGCUCCCGAUCUGAUAGCCUUCACAAUUCAAGUUCCACAGUAUAUGGACUACUGCCACAAUUCUGCAAUUUGUGUCCAUUGGGAUAUUUUCUGCAGUUAUGCUUUUUCAAAAUUCAGAUGA